UUCUAAGUGCCGGAAAUAAUAUUUUGUUGUUCGUUUAAAACCUCUAGGAUGCACGGAAAAAACAAUUCAUACCAGGAAUCCAUUUUGGGGCGAGUGUUGCCCUAGGCUCUGUGUUAGACGUGUUAUGUUCUUGAUGGAUCUGUUUGCUUUCAAGUUCUACUGAUCGGCCCUUCGAGAAACUGAGGACUCGCAGUUAGCUACAUUACAGUGUAACAACAUUUAACGGAAAGAGAAGUAAGUUCUACCUAUCAAAUACUGUUCAGUUACAAGCGUUUUUUUGGCUUGCACUCCAAAACAUGGGAAGGUUCCGUCGAAAAAACAAACCCAAUGGUCCUCUUGAUGGCUUGUUGACACAAACACUCGCAAAACGUGUUUGUGGUUUCAUGUCGUAGAUAUUUUUAUCGAGGUUGUUAUCCUUUAGGUUUGGCUGAUAAUCCCUUAGUAUUGCGAGCGUGUUAGUUUAGCUUUGGAGGGGGUAUGAAGAUAAGCAAUGAAUAGCGAAAUACGCUGAAUUGUAAAAACUGUGGCAGAGGCUGCGUACCUACCCAAUGCAAUCGGAAUCAAAGCUUGUGGUCGUCAUUUUCAUAAGAGGUAAAUGUAAUGCAUUUUAUACGGUAUUGAAAUUGAGGUCCCUCCAUCGUCUAUCCGGAAUUGAAAGAGGCAAAUAAAGCCUCUUAACUUCCAAAACUAUCACGGUUUUUUAUAUUCCUUAGCAGAAAUCGCCCCCAUCUUUUUGCUUUUUAAUUUAUUUUAGUCCAACCCUUUUCUUCAGCCGGUUAUGCAACCUUCAGUCACUGCAGUCAAGAACAUCGGCUCUGCAUACCGAAUCGAUCGUACAUGUGUAUUGAAGCAUGCGGAUUGAUUUAGUUAUGAAAGUAUUGGUUUUUGAAAACAGAAAAACUUCUGCUGGAAUGAAAUAAUCUAAAGCAAAACAGCUGAUAACCAAAAAGCGCCAAACAGCCACUAGAAGUUCAUGGCGAGUCUGUCAAAUUUCUGAUUCCAGUCAAUUUUUGUACGGGAGCUUAAUGGUCUAUAUCUAAACCAAAAGAUAUUUUCUGCAAGUUCAUUAAUGGAGGAAAAAUGCUAAAGAUGAAUAAAAUCGCCGUAUACUUAAGAGUAAAUCCAGAUUUUCAUUAAGAAGGCGCGCGCCAAAAACUUCACUGAAUUGGAGAAUUCGGCAAUCAUCCUAUUAGCAUUUUUGCUUUCGGUUUUGACACCAACAUCUCUUUUUUUAGUUUUCUCAUAUAUUUGAAGUUGUUGCAUAACUUACUUUAUUUGCAACCUGAACAGAGCCAAAAAUGGGUUCAUUCUUGUGAUAACGAUUUUCAGCUGCUAUUUCCCACAAAAAUGAAGUUUAACUUGUUUGCAGCACAAUAGAUCAUGUCAUAGAUAAUCGCAAGAGAAUUACUGGGUAUAAAUAACAAUAAAGAACCCAAAGUAAAAGAAUGCCAUUGUCAGCGCUCAGACUAAUAUGACUAAUUAGCCUUUUUGUCGUAUAUGAAGCAAGUGAUAUGGACUAGCUCUGUAUGCCCAAGGGGCACCCUCACUUGAGAAUAUGGCGAUAUGGGCUGUUUGAUCCUUGCUCAGCAAAUUCUGGGGAAAUGAAGAGUUGGGUUAGCAAGCUCGUCAUUGCCUUAACAUAAAAUGCUGACAGGGGGAACAGAUGUUGGGAACGACCUAUAAAACAGCUAACAACAUUGUUGGAGUUGAUGCUACUUGCUUUAAAAGCCUGUCUCAACAUCGUCUCGACAUUUCUUUUGUUGUUAGGAUCUUUAAGCAAUUUUAAGUUCACGCUUUCAACCUAAGGCGAAACUAGCUCGGCACGUACGCGCAUAGUAUCUGUUUUUGCUUUUGUGAUGUUAACCACCAGCUAGCUAUUCACGAAAAAUAAAAAUGCAAGACGUUACUGAAAAACUUUAUUUGCCCCGAGCUCGCUGAACGAAAGAUCUUCCAAAAUCGCAUUGUUUGAGGAUCUAUGAGUCACGUCUUACGAGGAUUUAACGAUGGAAUUAUUACCAGCGAAAAAUGUUUUCUUUGCCAAAAGUAGGCAAUGUGAGACAACUUCAAAAAAGUGGCCAUUUUGGGUGGAUUUUGUCUUAGACUGUAAAUGAUCGGAGUACAUUACAUGCAUGAUAAGUCGACAUGCUUUUGUGACGGCAGCGAUAAUCAUAGAGUUUAUGCCCUUUUUUAAUGUGUACAGUAGACAGUCGUGAACAGAUAGGCAGAUGGCUCGUUACAGUAGCCGUUUUUAAUUCUAAAACGUUUAAUUUAGCUAAUGGAUUCUUGACACAGAACUAUAAAUGAAACAAUUUCCUGACCUAAGAAUAUUGUCUUCUUGUAUCAAUAGAAAACAAACUCUGGAGUCUAGAAAAUGAUUAUAAUCGGAAAUGUUAUCCUAAUUUUGUGAAUAUCUAAUUUACGGAUAACGGGCGGAGACAUUUGGAAUGAUUAUCUGUAAAAAGGUUUUCACUGUCUGGAUGAUAAUGUCAAUAUUGAACCUUCCGACCCCUCCCCCUGUCAAAUACUCUAGAUCCGCUUACACUGUGUCUAGCUAGGCUGAAUGUUAAAUGCCACCGACAGACUGUUGCUACGAAAGAUUCAGCCUGACAGCAUGCUUUUAAAUUGUUAUACAUGUACCCGUUGCAAACAACUUUACCUGUUUUGGGCUGUGGUGCUCGCAAUUCUGAACUUCUAUUUCAAAGCCGACGUUUUGCGAAAGGCGCUAAAAAGCAAACGACGACAAAUUUAACUGCUGACUAUUUAUGUCUUUACCACUGUAUAAAUAGUCAAGGUAUCAAGCUUUUUCGAAACACCUGCUUUGGCAUUGUUAAAUUCACUACGUUCGAGUUCGCAACGUACAUAUUCGUGUCGCUGCCAUUGGCAAAGUCCAAAACUUGCACACUCGGAGGAUUGGUAAGGUUAAUUUUUGAUAUAUUGAUAGAGUUUGACCGAGCUAAAGUAAUGUCUGGUGUAAUUGUUGUCGAAAUAAAUUAUGCUUCCUUUCCGGCGUUUUGUCGGCAGUCAGCCACGCCUUAAAACGUAGAUAUAAAGUGAAAAAGAAAGACUCGCUGCUAUUUUUUUCCUCUAUAGAAUAUAGUCAACGAAAGAUCCACAAUAUUUGCUUUUGUUAGCUGAUGUAAUAAUGUAAAUUAGCACGUUUUUAAUAAGCGUUUUUUUUUGGCAAAAGCUUCCAUGUUGAAAGCUAGCCAGAUUAAAAAAGCCAAACUGUGGCAUUUCACCUUGGCCACCCCGCAUAAAAUGAAGUAAAUAUUUGAUCGGAACUUCCGACCACGUGCUAAAACAAAUAUUUUUCACUGCAAUUUGGCUCUGUAAGAGUUGUUGUUCGCAGUGGCGCGCAGUGUCUUCCUCUUAUUUGACUAUAAAAUAUUCUGCUUAUAAGAAUUGAUUUGAUUUUCUCCAACGUGACUUACUCCUCACUGAAAACUGCUCAUUCAACUUGGUAAGUGCGCAAAAUAAUCACUGAGAAUUAUUUGGCCUUUUGUAGAACUGAUUUUUUAAAGUUCUCGAUAACUGCAACACACCGUAAAAAUUAUCUACGAUGCACUUGGCCUCCUUAUCUUCGAAGUCCAAAAAAAAUGUGCUUCUAAACUUAAUGACUAAUAUGCUCAAAUUCCGGAUGUCUGCCACUUAAUAUCUAAUGAGAAAAAAACUAUAUGCAAAAUGUAAGAUUUUUACAGGAUUUUUAGUUUUAAAAGCAGUAGUCCAAUUAGAGCACUAGAACGGCCUGUUCACGUUAUCAGCCACACCUAGAAAACAUGGAUUUAAACCAAUUAUGUAUCAGGUGUUAUAAUUUACCUUUGUGAAACAACAAUGAAAAAUGAAAAGCCAUUAGAAGGCGAACUCGUUUUAAAAGCUGAUAACGGAUUCUUCAGGUAAAAGCUACUUUCACAAAUAUAAUUUAUGUAACAGACAGCGAUGAAAGAUAACUAAAUUACAAUAACCUUUUUCAUUUCGUACUGUGAACAAAAGGUGAACUCAGAUCAAGACACUGCCUUUCAGUUUUGAAAUUAUAAUUAUGAAAAACAAAUUCAAGAGGUUUUAUUCUAAUGGUGACAACAUAGGCUUUCGUCCACAGAAUGUGUGAAUCAAACGUUAAAAACUGCAUGCAACAAGAACAUUCUAUUCCUAAAGGUUUUUUGUUUUGUUUUGCUUUACUUUACAUGACAUUACCUAUUUUGAACAAUGACAGCAGAAAAUGAUAGCGGUAAGAAUCAAUUAACCAAUUGAUUAAUAAAAACAUUACAUCAUCUCUUUUCAUAUAAAAUUAAGAAAAUCGUGACUGGACAUAAAAGCUGCAAAUUACUAAUUAAUCAACACAGUUACAAGGGAGCAAAGUUUUUAAAGCAAUAUCCUAGUAAUUAAAUAAUUAAAGUGUAACUUUAUUUUAGAUAUCCAUUCAUAGAUUUUCGUAUAAAGAUGUUCAACUUUUCUAUGUGGUUUAAUCUUUUUUGAUUGACCAAAAGCACCCCGUUCUAAAAAAAAUUUCCCCUCAAACAACCCUGUUCUCGUAAAAAAGAAACUAUGUGGUCUAGUUUGCUUGUUAACGCAUUGAACCGUAUUUUUAUCACGACCUUAAAAAUCAAAUCACGACCCCGUUGGGCGGCACAUACCCGUAUAGGUAAUGUAUGGGAGUACCCCCCCCCGAGAGUAAUCCUGCCUGCUUCAAUGUGCAGACUGUGUAGAAUACAGUUCCCGAGGCAAGCUAGUAUAUGGCUAUCAAAGAAAAUUUUAAAUAUGGCAUAAACCGACGUCAGUUUAAUUUCCCACGUUUGAUGUUAAUGUUGAUAAACUUUAGCGGCUGGUUAGUUCAAGCUUUCGUGAUUUUAGGUUCAUAUCGAGGUACUAAACAAACAAAAAGCGAAGUAGACAUUCAAGAACACAGUUUACAGAUGCGAUCGUUAAACGAGGGCGUGACGAAAUAGCAGCUUAGCUCAUGCAAGUAGACUGCAAGACAGUCCGUAUUUCUGCGUAUUCAAGUACGCGCGAUCCGCGAGCAGUCAAACGAAAGGUCUGGAACGAGGCUGAAAACAGAGAGCGAGACUGGGGAGAGACUCUCGCCUCACACGCCUUACGGAAGCCUUACGGGCGUGUGAGGCUUGCGCGCUUCGUGCUUAAGACUCUUACGCCACGCUUUACCGAUUUCUUUACUGAUUUUUAGAAAAAAACCGACUGUUUUGCAGUCUAUCAUGCGCGCAUCCCCCUUUUUUCUUCUCGCCUGUAAGACCUGUAUAUGUAAGAAUAUUUGUUCCGCUCAUACACGUGUGUACAUUCCGUCACGACGCCCGUUUAUUCUGCUGACUCAGAUAAAAUACUUAAUCAUAUUAUCUGCCUGAGAAUUGAACAAUGCUUCAUCACCCUUCAUCUAAUAUUGAAAUUAGUCGUAGGAUGUCUUUCAUACCUUUUUCAGUAUGGGGUAUGGAUAACGGAAAAAUAAAGGGGCGGGAUUGUUCAAAACCUACAUGUACAGAUAAGCAGGUAAUUUUAAGUGGACUUACAUUUUUCUUAAGAAGCUUAAAUAUAUAAAUAUCUUACCCCUCUUGGGCAAGCCUGAUUUUUAAGUAAUUUUUAUUAGUAUCCGUUACCAUUCAACCAUUUUUCAUAUUUUUUUGGCUCAGAAAACAAAACCAUAAGUCUUCUAAUCCUAAUUGUUCUUUCGGUGUUUGUCCGCUGAGAGACUGUCGAAAAGUCGAGAUGCUUCUAAAAAGUUUACCAAAAAAUUCGUCAGAAGUGAUGUUAGUUGCGUUUUAAUGAACUGGGUGUCUUGCUACAUUCAUAUCACUGACGGAGUGGAGAAGAGGUUCUCUUAAUUCCAACUUGUGCUACAAGACUGAAACAGACAGUACUGUAAAGAGCAGUUAACUUGACCCCACAUAUCAAGAAAACAGCCCUAAGCUUGUUCAAUGUAACUCAAACGAAUAGGUACGUGAAGGCCUCUAAAAAACAGUUACUCACACUCAACUCAUUGUCACGUUUGAGAAACUAACCGCAGGAAAAAUGCAUCCUCUUUUUGUUUUUAUGCGUUUUGGUUUAUUCCGAAUUAAUACAAUAAGAGGGGAUUAUCUGUGCGUUAAGCCCUCCGGAGGAAUGUGCCAAAGUUUCCAUUAUUAACCUGACGGGAGGUCAAUAAACAGCAGUAUAUACCGAGAACGUACGUAUCUCACCUCCUCACUUAAGCAUUUGCAGAGUCCACUGCAAGGUUAUCAAGGUGUUUGGCUCUUAUCAUAGACCGCGGACAGGGACGUUUCUUUGUUCAUAACUACAUAGGUAAGACUGCUAGUCCUACUCGCUGAUGUUAGUUAAUUAAGCAAGUGGUAAACCACUUUUCAUACAGCUGUAGCUUCAUCACAUGUGAUAUGUGAUUAACAAGAUUCAAGUAAGUUUUCUAUCACUACAUAUCCCGCAUUGUCUCAGUUUCUUCUGUCGAAUUUUUAACACAAAGCGUUAUGAUACGUCUUUUCAUUGCACUGUUAAGUAUGUGACUCUAAGAACAUGCAUUUACUACAGAUUGCUCAGUGGAAACUUAAACUUAAAACUUUGCCUUUCUCGGCAUUACUGAGAAAAUUGGAUGUGAUGACUAAGCGCAAAUAUGCUAAGACAGGAAGGAAAAGAGGAUUUUAUGCGUUGUUUUGUUAUUCAAAAUUUCUGCUCUUUCCGAUGUCCGCAAAAAUAAGAAAAAAUAACCUUGACCUUUCCAAUGCGUCUUUGUCACUUACAAAGACAUCCAUGGUUGGCAACUAACUUUGAAUCAGCGGAAUAAUUUUAAUAAUUACCAGCCAAGUUUCCUGACACAAGCUUCUUGAACUGAUCCAGUAUGCAUAACUGCCGGAUUGUUUUGCAGACAGACUUCUGGACUCCCAAGGGCUUUGCUUAAAAGUUUACGGAGAAGAAUUUGUCAAUAGAACUUUUUAACAACUCUUUCUCAAUUUCCGAAAAUUCCAACGAAAAAAAAAGGCCACGAAGAAACUGCCUUUGAAGUGCUUUGAUUUCGCGAUCUUACUCCACCCGGAGUUAUUGCUGUGACCAUCCAAUAGUUUUUAAUUUUUUUCUGUUUUUGAAAAACUGAAGAUUGUGAACGAGCCAAAAUUUGGGCCUUAGUCACUUCUGGGAGUAACUAAGGGCAGGUUAUUGCCCCCGCCUGAGUGAAAUCCCGAAGAGACCGCUCUAGUAGCUCGCCGUGUAGUAAGAAAAGUACUUACAGAUGAAAUAUACAGUCAGUAUGUCAGAAAAAAUCUCGAUUUGCUUGAACAGGGGCCGCAUGGAAUCGUUCGGUAAUGCAUGAUGACGUUUCUAUUGUUUGCGCCCGCAAGUAAGAGAUGGUUAGGAUGACGUAAAACUAGGAGCCUAUGACGGCUUAGGUAGAUUUUGUGACAUUUAUUGUACACUCAUGAACUUCUUUUGCGUUACGUGUUAUCUGGGUGACAUCUGAAAGUUAUGGACCAAAAAACCGUGACACUCUUUGAGCGAGAUGAAGUUAUAUUUCAGUAUUAGGUGCGUAUAACUGUGUACACAUAAACACUUAAAGAGUUUGCCGGACUCGAGUUAACAAAUAAUCUUUGAUUGGAAACAAUUUGCCAGACACUUCUCUCCCUUUGGGGGAAUAAAACUCAGUCCACAAACAAGCAAGACGAGUAAUCAACGGUUAGCUUACCACUAGCAGAACGAUGAACGGUUACAGAAAUUCGCCGACAAUGCUGACUUAAUCCUUGCUCACAGAUGUCCUUCUAUAAAGUUAAAAGAAUAAUAAUAAUAACCAAAACACGCGAGCGUGAAUUGAUCAAACCUUCGAAUCUCGAAGGCUUACUUUCCGGCAAAUAAAAUGAAAUGUACAUAAAAACUGAAAGACAAAUGGCGAAAAAUUCCUGCAAUUUCUAAUUACAUCUUUUGUUAUGGUUUAGAAUAAACUACUCUCGAACUGACUGAAACUGUUUUGAUCAAAGCUGUGCAAAUCGAACUGAAUUAAUCAGAGCAUGGAACCUUGAGUUUCCUAUUUUUAACUCACCUAUUGUAUGGAAUCCAUGGAAUAUGUGUGAAAAUCUUCAUUAUAAAUCGGUACAUUUCAAGGAGCUAAACAACGAAACGAUCAAGAAUACUGUUGACCGACAAUGUACAGAGCGGGGGCAACUGUAGUGUCAGCUAUUAAUAGUGGAUAUUACACAAGCAUUUAAAGGGGAAAGCAAGGACGCAGACUUUCAGUUAUCAGCAAGUUACCCAGUACAAAUACGAAUGUUGCUUGCGGUCACCCUUACAUCGAAAAUUAAGACCAGCCAAAUGGAUGAAUUAUCAGUUUUAAGGCGUCUUGAGCCUUUCGAACAGAUAUGCUACUUAACAGUUCUCGCUUGCUACUGAAACCAUUUAAAGUAGGUCGUGAAAAGCAAUGUCCAGAUACUCUGUUAAGUCGCUCUUUGACCUUCGUUAAAUACUCGAUGACGUUUAGAACUUAAUCUUCAAAUAUUCCGCCCCAGCGUUAACAGCGCGUUAAACUGGGAAAAAGUCAUGGAGUAAUUGGGCGUGAAUAGCUAUUAAUACACAAAAAAGAAUAAAGGUGAUUUGUUUUGAAGGCGCGGUAAAGCGCCAUCAAGAUUUACUGUUUCACUAUGAAUUAUUUUGAUAAUAAUUAGAGACUUCAAUAGAACCUCUAACUUUUCUAAGUCUUCUAACUUCCUCUUAUCUGCCUGCAGUUUUGUAUUUGAUCUGAAAAAGGAGGAAAAGCACGAAAACGUCCAAAAGACUUUACCAUUGGUCCUUUUUCUCUUAUCAACAAAAAAAGAUAAGAAACUUUUUUUUAUCCAAACGUGAAUCGUCUGCAAAGAGGCUUUUUAAAACUAAUCUCGCCUACGCCUUGAUAUUUAUCGCUGCAGAAAUUAAUCUUAGUUUACCUCCCAGAGACGAACUACAAUAUUUUAUCCUGGACUAAAAAAUAUUUUGCUUUUCAAUGUUCAAUAAAAGACUUUCAAAAAAUGCCAGAAUCAUUCACGUGUACUGUUUUUUUUUUUUCUUGGGCUAAAGUGCAACGAAAUGAAUUAUGGGAUGGUAAUCUAAGCCUAAUGACGUCACCAGGAAAUCGACAGCCAUUUUGUAUUGUCUGUGACUGUACUGCCUGCCUUUAGAAGGACUGUGUUGUGAUUUUCAUGCAAUUAAAUCUUAAGUUUUUAACUUAACCUCACUGCUGAAUAACUCUUAAAUUAAACCUCAGGGCAUUAGCAAAUGAUUGAAUUGAAGUUGAUGUAAAGGCUUUUGUUUUUGACAUAGCUGUAAAACCUCACGGCAUUAUCAAAGGAUCGCGGAAUUUAAACUGAUGUAAAAGUAAUUGUUCACUGAGUAUGUGAUUUUAGCUAGUUUUUAAAAUUCAAACCACUGUCAAACUGAUCAUCAUCUAUUCAUAAUAAGAUUCCAGAUAUUUCCCAAAGAUUUUCUUGUCAGUAAAGACGCUAAUAACUUUUAAGUAGCUUAUCGUCCUUUUGGCGGUAGAUUUAUCUAUUUCCGCGGCCUUGGUGUCCGUUUGAAGUUCUAAGGCGUUUCCGUUGACUCGACACUCUUACUUUUAAUAGAAUGGUAAAUUUUUGUCAUAAGUAGACAGCCAGUUAUAAGUGAAACUCACCGGUUAUCAUCAUCUUUAUCACAUACUUAAAGAACUUAGCUCUUGUUUUGACCAAAGUUCAAGCAGUUAAUUAGACGUAAAAAUGCAAGUGUAGGCAAGUUUUUAGCCUGUCUACAGCAUAGCAGCACUCCAUAUUUGUCAGUCGGCAAUGCGGAGUGAACAAACGGCUCUUGAAAUCUAAAGCCAUGCCCAGGCAAAUUCCUGCACGGCUGAUAUAUAUAUAGUAGCUGCAUCGGUGAGUUUCUUAGAUGUAAUAUCAUCUUGCACUAGAAGGAAUUAGUAGCUAAGACCUAUUGAACGUGGAUUUUGUCAGCUCUUCUUCCACACUCUCCAGCUUGACCUGUGAAAUCUUUGAAAAUUCAGUAAGUCAAUUUUUCUGAAAUCUUUUUCGAUAAUGAAGCAAUUUUAGUACGGUAUUUAUCAGGAUGAACUAAACGUUAAUGAGGAGUGGCAAGGCCUCGAGCUGUCAUGGUCUCUCGUUUAACUUUUUAUUGUGAGGGAUUGCUUUUGAGGAAUCUACAAUCUCGGAUUAUGGACCGAAUUAGUUCGCUACCUGAAAAAUAUUUUCAUCCUUAAGCCAUGAGCCUGUCACUCAAAAGCACUGCAAUCAAAGUUUGCAAAAACACCUAUUGUAAAUUACAGUAGUGGAAAAAAAAAACAAUAUCAUAUCAAGGGGGAAACGCUGAAAAGCGCUCAUACUUGGAUGGGCACACUUUACUGUUGAACACAAAAACAACAACAGCUAAGUACAAAAUUGUCAGAAUGAAACCGGCUUGUACAACGGCACAAUAGGAAGGAAUAAAGUAAAUAAUCCACAGUGAAGUAGUGAUUUCUUAGCCAAAGGUCUAUGGCUGUUAUCUGCAGACGUAAACGCUAUCUAGACCUCCUUCACAGCAAAAUAUACUUAUUAUCCUUCCCAAAGAACUAAACGGUAGCCAGCAAUCUAAUAUACAAUUAAAAAAUGGGUUUAGUGCUUGGAAGAGAGAGAUUUUAAAGUAAAUCUUUUCAUAAAUUUUAGGAUGCCGCUUUUCAGGGGUUUUGAAUGCACGGUCAACAAGAUCAAUAUUUCCAUAUCAAAAUCGCACGAGCAGCUUAAGUCAUCCAGACGCGGAUUUUUUUUAUUAUUAAUGAUAUUUUAUGAGAUUUAACCUUUUUCAAAUAUCUAACAUAUCUUGAGAUUUAUUUGUGUAGAAUAAAGUUUCAAUUAAUCAGCUGAAUUAAUCUUCGUUUUAUUUUUUUCAGGUUACAGCCUCCUAAGUGAAAUAUCUUCUACGUUAUGGUGGAUAGAAUGCAGCUUGAUUUCACUUGGUCGACUCUUGCAAUUGGUUUUUUGGCUCCUGUUGUUGGCCUGAUUAUUCUUUUUGGAAUCAUUGGGAACAUCCUUGUUAUCAUCGUUCUGUGGCAGCAACAACGUCGAUCUCGCCGGACAAGUGCAAACUUUUUCCUCAUAAAUCUCGCUAUUGCGGACAUUCUCGCCUCUGCUAAUCUUAUAUUUAUGUUGGCGACGAUCCUCAAUCAAGGGGAAUGGCUGUUCGGAGAGGCGUUUUGUAAAAUAAAUGGUUUCCUGACUGUUCUGUUGGGUGCCGCGUCGCUGUUAACACUGUGCGCUAUCAGCGUAAACAGGUAUUUUAAAAUCGUGGAAGAGGGAAAGUAUAAUCUUAUUUACACUAAAAGCAACACCCUGAAAAUCCUAGUAGCCACCUGGUUUCUUCCAUUUGUGCUAUCGAUUGCUCCGAUAUUUGGCUGGUCUGAACACGAGUACCAAGUCGGGAAAUGCGUCUGUCAUUUCCUCUUCGGAAGGAGCAUAUCUUACACGCUCACGUUCUCGACUUUCAUCGUGGUCCUGCCUUUCAGCAUUAUUCUCUUUUGUUAUUUGAAGAUCUACAAGAUUAUCAAAGCGCACGGAGCGAUGAUCGGAAACCUUCGGCGAAGUCAGCCUGCUGUUCACGUAGAAGACAUCAAAAUCGCCACUACAUUGUUCAUUGUGAUCGUGGUAUUCGUCAUUUGCUACAUCCCCGCUAGUGUAAUCAACAUCCUGGACAUGGCUAGCCUUGGAUUCAAGAUUCCUCAUUGGCUGGACAUGUUGUCGUUUGUUCUGGUGGUCUCUAAUCACGCUAACAACCCAAUCAUUUACAACGCCCUCAAUCGUUCUUUCAGGCAGUCAUUUCGUGAGGUCUUACAUAUAGGAUCUUCUGGAAGGCCACGAGCUCCAAGCAGAAGCGGUAGCAGAACCAGUUCUAAAAACACCAUCCCGCGUGGCUUACAAGCCAACGGGGUAAUGCAAAAACCUCCCAGCAAUCCUUGUUACCAACACUCGAACUCCUCAAGUGAAAAGUAUACUCCUGAGAUCAUUGAAUACGAGGACUACAAUCAGGACGAGAAAGUUCCGGGAACAUGUUGUCCGCACAAAUCUUCAGAUUGUUAAACUCUAAUCACCCAACUUGGACGAUUUUAAUGUCUUUAUCUUCAUUUGAUGAUUUUUAGCUUGUUGUCUCUAGAUUCAGGGACUGGUUUGAAUGACUUAAAUAUCAGUCUUGAAUAAAAUUAUGUAAUAUAUUACUGAUCAUGUAAGUGACCAAUUUUCGAAACUAAGCUACCUGACUGGUUGUGAUGAGUAUUGUCACGUGAUGUACUGCUAACUUUAUUUCCUUUUCGAUUAUUUGAGCUGGAAAGACAGCGAACAAGUGAUAAGACUGUACAUUCGGGAAAACUUUGGAAAACUUGAGGAGCAGUGGAGGACAAAUCUUGUUACCAGUUUUUUCUAGAUCUCUGCUAACCUGAAUGCGCGUCCUUUCAUCUACAGGGCCUCACUGAUAUCAGCACUUUAUGCUGAGGAGGUUGUGCCGGCUUAAAAACAUUUGUUAUAACGGUUAGCUUUUCUCUUAGAAAAUUGAAGGGCCCUGCCCAUUCCUAGGGAAGAGGUUGGUAGCCCACGACAUCCUCGUUCAAACAUUGCAUCGAACGGUAGAAGAGUGUAAAGAAGUGUAAAAAGCUAAAAAGUUGCUAACUGCAACUGGAAUAAAGGGGAAAAAACAGAUAGAUUCUAUAGGCUAUUUAUGGCGCUUAUAUAGGUAACGAUAAAUAUAAAAGAAUUUUCUCAGUUCUUGAAAACAGUUGCAGGACAUUUUUGUUUAAAACAACCAACUGCGACCCUUAGAAAGAAGAUGGCUAGUCAUUUUAUUUAACUUUAAGCUUCAGUUUAUAGAGCAUGAUCCAAAACUGUAUAAAGGCAUAAGAAUUCUGGAAUUGUAACUAAUUUAUGUAAAAAACGCUAAUUUUUUAUUAAGAACUUUGACUGAGGCCAUGUCCACAGGUAUCCGUUUUGAUAUGAAAACGUAACUUUUUCUUUACGGAUACGGCUUCCGUCCUCACGUAUCCUAUGAAAUCGAAAACGAUCAAUGAAAACGGAACUUUUCGAAAACGCUCUCCAGAGUGGAACUUUUUGAAAACGCUGUUUUCGCGUGUAUGUGUUUACAGACGAAAACGGAACUUUUCGAAAACGCUGAGGACACACUAUCAGUUCCAAUCCACUCCGCGCAAUAUUAAAAACUUAUUCUGAAGAUGGCGGACGGGCGCUUCCCUUUCUUGUCUCUUAUACUUGGGCUUAUUUCUAACCUAAUUGCGUAUUUUCAAGCAAAUUUGGCUUUGUUAGUUUUUAAGCUGAUUUUUCCAGGAUGUGGCAGAACAUUAUCAGGUUACUUUCGCGCGCUACCGGUGUCAAGAGGCAAAAGGUUGGAUUUCCUUUAUUUUGACUUCGUUUUUGCCCAGAUUUUGACAUCUUAGUCUGUUUCUGCGACUUUGAAGAACGUGACAACAAUAAAAGCCCACACCAAAGAAAUUCAAAGAUGGCGCCAGUUAUUUCGCGGGCUCAUAAUAGCAAACACGUAUGCGUCAAGCAUGGGCAGUCGGGUAAGCUAUCGUUUUCUGAAAUCGAUUUAUCGUGUACGUAUGGACAGGCGAAAACGCUACGAUCUUACGAGUGGACGUGAAGUUUUUGGAAAACGGAGAAAAAAAAAGUUGCGUUUUCAAACGAAUACGGAUACGUGUGGACAGGGCCUGAGUGACUUCUCCGGAGACACAGGAAUAAAAAAGAUAUUAUUUUAGUGUAAUAUAUGACAAAAAAUAAAAC